UAUUCUGUAGCUCUUUCAAUUUUAUUUUCCUUUACUUAUUUGCCGGAAAGCAGGGAAGCGUGGAAUAAACGACGAACUACAUGCACCAAACAGCCGUAAUAGUGGCUUUCUAAUUUCUAGUCUGAGAACAGAGUACAAAAAAUAAAAUAAAUAGAAUUUGGUUGCAAGUUUAUUUCCAAGUAGACAAGCCCACUUCGCAACAAUGCAGGCUCAAAGUAAAAAACACAAGUCAUUUCUACACUACUGAAAGAGAAGGUAGAGCUUGCCUCGGAGGGGGGGGGCGCUGAUGGGAAUGGCUUUUAACUUCGCCCUAAGAUGCGCCGCUUCCCGCGAACAUUUCGCCUUUCCCGCUCGCCGAGACUCUUUGAAGGGAAGGCGGAGAGUUUCGGAGGGGCGGGCCGGACUCAAAGGCGGAGGCGGAGCUUCCCUACGCCCCGCCCCCCUGAUGCUUUCGAGCGGCUUCGCUUUCUUUAGCCCAGCCCAGCUUAGCUCGGCCGGGCUCGCGGAGCGUGAUUGACACGGACCAAAAGUUAUCCCGGAAUAAAGGGAGCACGCAUGUGCCAUCACACCGGAUGUGAACAUAUUCCCUUUGCUUUCCCGACUCUACCACCUGGGGGGGGGCCCUGGGUGUUUGUUUUGAAAGUAGCAACCGUGCCGAGCCGUGCCAAACCGGUCUAGUUCACCCCUGCUGCUUUUGCAGCGAGGGGAAAGAAAGAAAAAAAGGGAGGGAGAAAAGGAAAAGUUCCUUUAGCUCCCUGCCCUAAGCAUGGCCUCCUUGAAUAAGGCAUAUGAGGCUUCAAGAGCAGCUCCAAUAAACUGAACCGGGUCAAAUCCGUUCUAGCCGUAAAAAGGGUUCCAGUCCGCGCUGCCCUGCUUGCUACUCCCCCGCAGCCUUUUUUUCUCCCUUCCCGCCCCCCCCCCUUCGGUCUGACACGGAGAUCUCUGGAGUUACUGUUAUCGUCCCAGUAGUUUUGGGGUUCGGGGGGGGGAGAAUUGGGCUGGAGGGGGGGACGGUUCGGGGUCCAAGCAAGCAUGGAUUUCCGCGGGAAGAAGUACGAGCGGGGCAGCAACUGGUCCGACCCGGAGGUGGUGGAGCUCCUGCACCUGUGGGCCGACGAGGCGGUGCAGGCGGAGCUGGAGAGCUGCCUGCGGAACCAGCACGUCUUCAACCGGAUCGCCGAGGUGCUGCGGGAGAAAGGCAUCCACCGCACGGGCGACCAGUGCCGAGAGAAGAUCAAGAAGAUGAAGCUCGAGUACCGGCGGAUCAAGGACAACCACAAAGUCCCCCGCGGCGGCCGGACGUGGAAGUUUUACGAAGUGAUGGAUCGGGUCCUCGCCAGCCGGCCUCUCCUCGCCUACGGCGCCGGCACCAGCAGCGUCGGCGGCCUGGUGGUCCCCCAGCGAGGGCUCCCGGCCGGUCUGAUGGAGGGCUUCCCUCCUCACCCCUUGGGCCCGGCGGCGGCGGCGGCUCGGGCCUUCCCCCACUCUCAGCCUGCGGAGCUGAUGGAGAUCAAAUGCGAGGAGGUGGAUUCAGAGGACCAGUACUUGACCCCUGAGCCCCCGCCUUCCCUCACUUACCCCCCGGGGGGCUCUGCUGAGGAGCACGAGGUGGAGAGGGCCUUUUUGGAGGGGUCCCCAAAUGACUCUCCCGUCUCCAGGGUGGAGAUCCCCGUCGAGACCAGUGUCUCGCCUUCAGGUUUCAGUGAGCCCAACAUGGCUUCCUCAUCCCGGAUUCAAAGUCUGGGGCCACGGCCUGGUUUUUCCACUUUGCAUCGCUUGCGGAAAAAGCGAAAAGCCCAGCGUCUGAAGGACCCUCUGGAUGCUGUCCUGCUAAAGACCCUGACUGCACAACGGAAGAUUGAGGAGCGCUUUCUGCAAAUGGAGGAACGCAGGCUCCAGCGGGACCUGGAGGUAGAGGAGCGGCGGAUACAGCUGGAACAGCGACGUUUUGAACUGGAACGCGACCAUGAGUUCCGCAUGUUCAGUGUCUUCGCCCAGAUGCUCAGCAUUUUAAAACAGAGCAAUAAUGGGUCCUCGGAAAGUGGGCUGCCUCAGGGUGUGGAACUUAGCCAAGCAUUUUCAGAUGCCACAGGAACAGGAGAAGGAUCGCAGCAGGAAAUACAGACCUCACAGUUAGGGAGACCUGUUUUGAGCAGGAAAACCAAUAUAUAUAACUUCUGCAACCAUAGCAAUUUCCAAAACAGCCCAUAUCUCUCUGCCCGAGGCAACAUUGCUACUAUUUGUUGGGAUGCUACAGAAGAGGGGUAUAAUGCCUACCAUGCUGACAAGUAUGAUGAAGAUAAAAACCCAAAUGGUAUCAUUAAUUUUGGCACCAGUGAAAACAAGCUCUGCUUUGAUCUGUUGUCCAAGCGGCUGACACAAAGUGACAUGAAUGUUCUGGAACCUCCACUACUGCAGUAUCCAGACUGGAAGGGUCAUAUGUUCUUGCGAGAGGAAGUGGCUCGAUUUCUGACCUAUUACUGCAAGGCACCUGCACGUCUCAAAGCAGAAAAUGUGAUUGUGCAAAAUGGCUGCGGCUCUCUCUUCUCUGCUUUGGCUACAGUCCUUUGUGAUCCAGGAGAAGCCUUCCUCAUUCCCUCACCUUUCUAUGGGGGCAUUACUCAAAGUGUCUUUCUCUAUGGGAACGUCAAACUAGUCUAUGCCCAUUUAGACAGUAAGGUCACGGGUACAUGUACCCGUCCAUUCCAGCUCACUGUAGACAAGCUGAAGAAGGCCUUGCAAGAUGCACAAUCAGAGGGUAUCAGAGUAAAGGGUUUAAUUCUUCUGAAUCCUCAAAAUCCUUUAGGGGAUAUCUAUUCUCUCUCAGAAUUACAUGAUUACUUGGAAUUUGCAAAAAGGCAUGAGUUACAUGUGAUUGUGGAUGAGAUUUACAUGCUUUCAGUUUUUGACAAUUCUGCCACAUUCCACAGUGUGCUGGAAAUGGACAGAUUACCUGAUCCACAGAGGACCCAUGUGAUGUGGGGAAUUACUAAGGAUUUUGCUCUUUCUGGGAUUCGGUUUGGAACCCUGUAUACCUUGAACAAAGAUGUUGCCAGUGCGAUUUCUUCCUUGUGUUACUUCCACGGGGUCUGUGGACCUAUCCAAUACAAAAUAGCCCAACUACUCCGAGACAGGGGUGAGACAAAGAGCAUCAUGAGACACUGCUUCUACUUCACACCUCACAAUAUAAGUAUAUUGGAGCUGGCUGAAAAUGCAACAUUUUUUAAAAGUGUUAUGUUGCAUUCAGGUGUAAUAAACAUCCUGUCCAUAAGCACCAAAAUAUUUACUUCCAUGGUAACUGAAUUCCAGUACCUGAGAAAAGGAACAUUUGAAGAGGAGGCAAUCCUCUGGAGACGCUUCCUAGACAACAAGGUCCUGCUGUCUUGUGGUAAAGGUUUUGAAUGCAGCGAGGCUGGCUGGUUCCGCAUCAUCUUUGCUGACAAGAUGCAUCGGUUGCAACUAGGCAUGCAGAGGGUCCGCGAGGUGCUGGAAGAAUGUGAACAUGAAAUUCAAAAUGAAGAGAAAGACCCGUCUUGCCAAUCUGACUCAGAAGGCAAAGCAGAUAGCACAGAUGAAGUGAUCUUUGUAUCUCAUCACCAAGAGCCGACCUCAGCCAGCAGCUCCAACCUUGGCGAUCUUAUUCGCCUCCUGCAGCAGCAGAUGCGCUCCUCUGACUGGCUUCAGAAAAAUACAGUGGAACAGUUUGCACAGGAGAAACCAGAGGUCUAUGAUGUUUUCUGCAAGUUAGUGGGGAAACAGUAGAGAGCUCUGGUGCCUGUGUGCAGGGAUAUGUCACUAGAGUUUCUUACUGCUGUGUUUUGACUUAUGUAACAUUACCUUUUCAAUACAGCAGGAAACCAUAUUAUAAAACUCUUUUUUGGGCCCCUCUACUUGUCGCUAUAUUGAACUCAAGGCAUCUAUGAGAGGUGGCUUUUCUUCUGUCUCCCACCUUCCAUAUUAUAUUUAAUACUUUUUUUUCCUACCGACCAAGCUCAUGCUCACUUCUGUGGAUAAAAACAGUGUCAUAAUUUGUGCUGGUCUGUUUUCAUUAUUUGCCAGGAAACAGAUACUUACUGAUGAAUAAGUUUUUAAAAAUAUGCUUUAUGGCCUAAAACAAAAUUGAAGGACAAGAGACCUAAGAUGUGCAUUUCAUUCAUAAGUCCAUUUAAUACAGAAUUUGUUAAAUAUAUACCAGCUCAGAUACUCUAAUACGGGUAAAUAACAAGUAUUUGUAAAUUUCUCCUCUAAACCAGUACGAAUAAUUUCCAGUAUUUUGAAGACUAGCACAGGGUUGAUAUUUUCUACUUCUUAUCUUUCAGUGAAGUAGGCAGUGAAGAUACACGUUUCUUCCAAUUUUUUCCCUCUCAAACUUGGAUUGUCUUCUCUCCACUCCAUUUCAACAGGUUUUCCUUGUUAUCCCUGCAGAGUUUGGAAGUAACUAGUUACAAGUAAUGACAGUAUCUGUAAUAACUGACUUUGGGAAGCAAUUAGAGCAUAACAAAGUUCCUUUUACUGGGAAAUGGUAUGCCUGGGAGGAAUUAUAAAAUGUUGGGAUAAUGAGACCAGUUGUUUAUUAUUGCUAGACGUUACUUGGGUGAGACUUUAGAGACUGUUUUUUGUUUUAUUUUGUUUUUUUAAAGCAGGGUAUCAUUGGAAACUUCCUUCCCUCCCCUGCAACUAAAUUUGGCAGCAGUGGUGAUUCUACUUUGCUGGAUGAUAUAUAUAUUUUUUUGUAGAUCUUUGAUGAUGUCAGGAGCAGGGGAAAAGGCCUCAAUUAAGAUUGAUGCCCAUGAUUGUUGGAGAACUGGAAGAAAAAAGUGAAGUAACAUUUUACUUAAAUUACAUUAAGUGAAAUGUAAAAGAAAAGAAAAGAAAAUCUUACCAUGGAUCAUAAUUAAAUUGCAGAGGAAAAUACUAUUCCUAUUUUAUCAUGAUGCUUAUUUCAGAAGUUUGUGAAAAUAGACUCUUUUUCUGUUAAUUUAUGUGUAGAUUUUGCUGUCUCUUUGGAAACAUGUCACUAUUUCUGACACAAAUGUUGACCAGAUUUUCCUUAACCAAUCAGAUAAUCAGGAAGAUUUUCAGUACAGUAAGUGAAUUUUUUCUAUCAUCAGUGAAAUUGCCAUUAGUUGGAUUUGUUCCAGUUCAAUUUAUUUAUAUAUCUUAGUAGAAUUAUUUUGGGAUGUGGAAUGAUGAUGACAUCCUGACAUUUCAAAGAUUAUUUCUAACGCUGCUUUCUAUAAUUGCUUAAUAUUUGGGUAAUAGCCAAAAAAGUUAAAAAAAGAGUAGUCUGUAUGUGAAAUUUGCCAUCUGCAGCCUUAAUCUAGCACAUUAGAUUAUAUUGAUUUUUAGUCUUUUUAGUGUAUAGUACCAAUUGUAAAAUGUAUUGAACCACAUUCUUUUAAAUUUUGCCCUAAUUACAUUACUCAAAACAUUAGUAAAUAUCCGAGUCUUCUCCUUUAUUUGUUGAUUCAAACCCCUCUUCCACUUUGUUUUUAAAUUUAA